GCGUUACCACCAGCCUCUGUCACGUGGUGUUUAAAUGUCACUUAAAACUGUGGUUGUGUUUGGCCUAGAUGUUGGCUUUCGUGGCCUAGAUCUAGAUGUUCCCUUUUUUUUUUUUUUUUACCACUGCGAUGGGCUGUACUUCUGCUGUGUACUAAUCACCACACGAUGGAUAACUGAAUGUUAGACAGUACUAUUAAAAAAAUGAAGUUUGAUGACGUCAUCUCAGCCGUUGGCGACUUCGGAGCCUACCAAAGGCGCAUCUAUUUUCUUAUAUGUCUGGUGUCAGUGCCUGUUGCCUUUCAGACGCUGGUGAGUGUCUUCACCCUGUCCAUACCUGAACACAGGUGCGCCAUUCCAGAACUGGACAAUGACACGUACGCGAGCCAAGGUCCCUGGCAUGCUGACCUCAUCAAUCAAUCUAUCCCAUGGCUGAGUCAGAAGAACAUGUACUCCCAAUGUGAAGUGUUUGUCAAAGAUGUCACACAGAGAGACUGGAGCAACAUGACCACAAAGUGUGACAAAUGGGUUUACAGCAAGGAAAUAUUUACAUCCACAUUUGUCACAGAGUUGAAUCUGGUUUGUGAUGAUCUCAUUUACAAAACGUAUGCAAACAUGGCCCUGAUGGCUGGAUUGCUUGGUGGUUCUUUGACCUGGGGAUCUUUAUCCGAUAGGUUUGGCCGUAAGAAAGUGUUUAUGUUGAGUGUUGUUGGUCAGUUCAGCUGUUCAUUGUCCACUGGUUUUGUCCACUGGUACCUACCAUUCAUCAUUCUACGUUUCUUUACAACAUUCUGUGACGUAGGCAUGGUCAUGACCUCUUUCAUUAUAGGAGUGGAACUUGUCGGACCUACCAAACGUAAAUUUGCUGGAAUUGUUGUCAACUUUUUCUGGUGUUUAGGAUUAAUCCUCAUGACUGGUGUCAGCUAUGGUAUACGUACGUGGAACCAUCUACAGAUAGCACUGUCAUGUCCUACCAUUUUACUUCUUUCAUAUAGUGUGUUUCUGCCCGAAUCUCCUCGAUGGCUCAUCAAUGCUGGAAGAGUGAAGGAAGCUGCUGCUAUUGUUAGGCGCCUUGCUAAAGAGAACGGCGUCACUGUUUCGGAAAAGAUUCUGAGCCUACAAGAAGUGAAACUAGAAAGUAAUGGAGAAAAAAUCUGGCAUAUAUUUAUUGAUAGAACAUUACUCUUUCGCUGUUUGGCCAUUUUUAUAAACUGGUGUGUAGCCAGCGUUGUGUUUUACGGGUUAAGUUUAAAUAUUGGCAACCUGACUGGAAAUCUUUACUUAAAUUUUUUUCUCUUUGCCUUGGUCGAGGUGGCUGCCUACUUUGUCUGUUUAGUGUUCCUAGACAGCUUUGGCAGGAGGCGUCUCCAAUGUUGCUCCAUGUUACUAGGCGGAGUGGCUUGCUUACUAUCUCUGUUUCCUGUUAUGUAUGGCGGUGAAGGUGAAACUUGGCUAACCGUGGCUUUGUCUAUGAUUGGUAAAUUUGGAGCAUCGGCGGCUUUUGCGGUGAUUUAUUUUUACACUGUCGAGUUAUUUCCUACUGUGAUAAGGAACUCUGGGCUUGGACUCAGUUCUGUCAUGGCAAGAAUAGGAGGAAUACUUGCCCCUUAUAUUGCAGAUCUGGGUCACGUGAUCUCUGGAGACAUGGCUGUAGUGCUACCUCUACUUAUAUUUGGUGGAGCCAGUAUAAUUGCUGGACUACUUGCUCUGUUACUUCCUGAGACGGCCAACCAAACAUUACCAGACACACUCAAGGAUGCCAAGAACCUUGGAAAACAAUCCCAACCAAAGAACAAGUCUGAAGAGAUGAACAUGAUGGAAGAUACUGACGAUCAGAGGGACGUUCACAUUUUAAUGGCAGCUGUAAAUGAAAACAAGAAAUUUACCGAGUAAAAAAAAGAAAGUCUAGAUCUAAUUUAUUUUUUAAGGUUAAUUAAUUGAAAAUAAAAUUAAUUAAUGUCCUCUCAUAUCAUCUCUGCCUGUGGUCCCUUCUGGGUAAUAGGUCACCAACCAGCUUCCUCCAGGCAUCUCGGUUCUGGGCGAAUCUCUCCAACUGUCCCCAAGUCUUGCCCAUCUGCUUCCGAAACGCGGCGCCAUGUAUUCCUGGGCCGUCCCCUCUUCUUCUUUUCUUGGGGGCUCCAGGUUUGGGCUUGUCUUGUUAUGUUGGAUGCAGGUUUGCGUAGGGGUGUGACCUAUCCAUCUCUAGCAUCACUGACAGAUAUCUACUUCAAUGGGCUGCCACAGUUCCUCAUUCGAGAUUUUGUCUGGCCUUAACAAAACUGUGUGCGUUAAACAGUAGAUCUAUAGUUGAGAUAUUUAAUACUCUUGUAGACCAAUGUUAAAAUUUUUUAUUCUUUAAAAAAAUGACGACACUUCAUCUUCUACUAGUUUAGUUGUGAUAGUGUAUGUGUGUCAAGGACUGGUCUCUCUAGUCACAACAAAUGUUGCAAGUGGAAUACAUAAUCUCAUGAGACGCUAAUUGCCAAAGAAACAGAAAUACCAAAAGAGCCCAGAGACUCGGCUUCUAAUGACCCGGCAGUUUGUAUACUUUGUCCUACCUACACUAACAAAACGAGAAUUAGUAUUACAGGGUCCUACGUGGACUUCUGUCAGUGGACUUCUUUCAUAUAUUGUGCAGGUUCAAAUCUCUCUUACACAUUUAACAUGCUAUUGUAGACAAAAAUGUAUAAAAAGCGGGGCUGUGCGAACCGCUGUUUGUAUGUCUUAUUGUUAUUUGUUGUUUACAAACCUUAUAGCAACUCACUGGUCACAUUUUUGAGCACGUUAUUUCUGCCAAGUUUGUAUCAAGUUGAAAUUUUCCACAAUUGGUGUAGACCAGUGUAGACCACUGAAGACAAGCGUAGACCAGUGUAGACUGUAGGCCAGUGUAGACCAGUGUAAAAAAGCAACUCUGUACAGUCUACAUUUCUUUUUGUUAAACAUUAGCUACAUGUAGAAUAGACCAAAUUAAGCUAUUUAAAUAAGCAUUGAAAUUUAAUACAACAAUUUUUGUUUGAAUAACAGGAUAAAUGUAGAAGGGAUUAACUGAGGUACAAAGAAUAGAUCUGGUGUAGGAAAUAAUCACAUCAAUUGGAUGGGAACAUAAGAGUUACGACCUGCUGAAAUGAAAUCCAUUAUCGUAGACCCCCCUUGUCAUCUCAUAGACCCCCAAUUUAUUUUUUCACUUUUGUAGACCCCUUGGAAGUCCCAUUUUGUGAAUCACUGCCUUAGAUAAUUGUACACGUUAGUUCUCCCACAGUCAUUCUCGGGGGCUCACGUUGAAACAUGUAUACAAUCAUUCAUUGUACCAAAGAAAACAUGAUUCAAUUAGAAAACUAACCGUAUAGACAAUUAAUUAUUGGUAUUUAAUAUUUUGUUUGAUAUCGAAUAAAGGAAAUAACUUCUAUUAUUGAGACAUAUCUUUGUAAGUUCGCAUUUGUUCCCCUCAGAUUAGCUUUGUUUUUAAAAAAGGAUUUGAAAUUGAAACCAAGUAAUUUAUUUUCUGAACUGUUUCUCAUUAGAUAAAUUAGUGUAUUUAUUAAUAAUUCUUCUCAUGUGGUCAAUAUUCUAAGCCUUCCUACAGUACGUUCUCAGUCCUCAGUCACGAUACUUCGACAUUUCACUCAAUUCUGUACGUCUUCCUCUACUAUUUGUUAUGGUGGAGAGACGAACUGUGAUGAAAGUGUUGACUGGUCAUGUGUUGUUGUUGUUUUAGUUCCUUAUGUCAACAUUGAAACAAAGAAACUGUCGAGUAAUACUUGCAGAAAUUGACUUUACAAAUGUUUGUUUUUAAACUUUUUUUUUAUUGAUAUUUCUGUUUCGCCCUCACGGACACCUAUCCCACAUAGGAGACGACCGCGUUCCAAAGAGGAUCUUUAGCGAGCUUUCCAUGUGGAGUGUCACCAGAGAAUGCUGACCAUGUCCUCCAAAACUGAUCUUUUUACAACACA